UCAAGAGGUUAUGAAGCAGAACCUUAAAGAGAUGUGAAGUUUAGUUGGCAUUUUGUCUAACGGCGUUAGAACUCUCACGUUGUUACACUCCGCUUUGUAUCAAUUUCUCCCGCUGUCGGCCACGCCCACGGUGAGCAGCAUCUCUGGAGAGGGAGACUCCCAUAAAACAACCUAGCUGGUGAUGCUCGGAUCUGCAGCUGUUUGGUUGCGGUGGGGGUUGGAAGUAACGGGCGCUAAACGAGAUAUGGACUCCAGGAAACAGGUCACCUUUCUGGAACGAGAGUCUGUUUGCCAAGACCUGCAGCAGCUAACCAAGACUAACGCAGGAGGGAGGACAAUUGGAUUUCAAGUUCCAAAGGUUCGCAGUUCAUUUGGUGCUCAGGAAACCUACCAAAAGAUGAGCAGCAAAAUUGUUUCACCAAUUCCUCCUCCAUUUGAUGGUUGCAACAGUGUUCAGACAGCAACCCCUGAAUAUGGCAGCCAACGAGCUGAUUGGAACCAGGAGGAGGAACAUAAACCAAUGGCAAUUUCUACCUCAGAUAUUUGCCCGAUUCAGAGAGACCAUCCAAAACAACAAGAAUUUUCAACUGAAAAUGCCAAGAAGAGAGGCAAAAAAAGCAAUACGUUAACUGAGGGUGAAGUAGAUGUGGGAAUGGGAAAGGGAUGGAAAACACAGUCUGAUUCUGAUCUCCCAGUCAGAGUGGUAACACUGCAGACCGAUGGACUGCUCCAGAUGGGGGAAAUGAAAAAGAAUUUGCAAUCUCGGCUAGACGAGCUCCAAGUCAAUUUUCAGACUGGGGUGAAUAAGCUUCAGAAUGCAUUUGAGUCCGGUAAUAGUCAGGUUGAAUUAAGUGUGGCCAAAGUGAGCUCUGCUGUCACUUCAAUUGAGACCACACUGCAGAGUGUGGAUUCUAAUCUAGGCACGAUUAACUCCAAUCUGUUGCAGCUCCAAGAAACGGUUGAAUUUGGUUUUAAAGAGCUCACCCAGGAAGUUGCUUCUCUAGUCAAGUGGCUGUGCCAGAAUCUAAGCGCUGGACCUGCAGAGAAUCAGCCUAUUCUGUCCAUCGACAAUGAAACUAGUUGAAAUGAUAGAAUGGAAAGCGAGGGAGCAUCGGGGCAUGCUACAGGAACUGUUCCCAAAUACACAGCUUCUUCUUCUUUCGUGUGGCAUGCACAGCUUAAAGUUGUAGGACAACUUGUUCUAUUUGAUCUUCUGUUUGUGCACGUCUAGUUGAUUGCAUUAGUCGAAACAGGGCGGACCACGUGAAGGUUGCAAUCUUCCACCCCAAUACACAGCUGAAAACCAUACACAUUCCCACAUCAGUGGAAAAUGCACCAUUUUUGCAGGUGUCUGCUCUAUUUAACAAUAUCCUUCUAAAAUCAGUACCUACCUGCAACCACAUAAUUCAUGAAUGGAAUUUGAGAAUAUGGGGGUGGUUCUGCUGCCAAUAAACAGUUUGUGAAAU